AUGAAGUCUACUGCAAAAGAAAUUUGGGAUGCUUUAGUGGUUACUCAUGAAGGUACUAGUCAAGUAAAGGAGAAUAAGAUGGAUUCCCUUAUCUACCAAUAUGAAUUGUUCAAGAUGAAGUCAGAUGAAACCAUAAGUGAAAUGUAUGAUAGAUUUGUGGAGAUUAUAGGAGGAAUUAAAUCUCUUAGGAAGACAUUCACAAAUGAGGAGCUAGUAAAGAAGAUUUUAAGAAGUCUUCCUAAGGAGUGGCUACCUAAAGUAACUUCACUUAAGGAUUCCAAGGACUUGAGCAAGGUACAACUUGAUGAGCUCUUAGGAAAUCUCAUUGACUAUGAGAUGACCCUCAAAAGAGAUGAUGAAGAUGAUGAGUUUGAUGAGGAAGAAUUGGCUCUAAUGACAAGGAGAAUAAGGAAGAUGCUCUUCCAAAAUAAGAAGUUCAUCCCAAAGAGGAACUUCAAGAAGGACAAGGGAGAAAGUAGCAAGAGGGAUCCUCCCAUAUGCUUUGAAUGCAACAAACCGGGUCACAUUAAAACUAAUUGUCCCAAAUUGAAAAAGCCUUUUAAGAAGUUCAAGAAGAAGGCACUUAAAGCAACAUGGGAUGAAUCAAGUGACUCAGAAGAUGAGGAGAUUGGUGAUCAAGUUGCCCAAAUGUGCUUCAUGGCAAUGGAGGAAAGCUCCAAUGAGGUAACUUUAAAUGAUGAUGUUGUUAAAUUUUCUUAUGAUGAACUAGUUAAUUCUUUUAAAGUUAUGAAUGAUGAACUAGAAUUAAGUCAUAAGAGAAAUAAACUUUUGAAAAGUGAGCUUGCUAGUUUAAGGAAGGAGAAUGAGACCUCAUCUAAAGUUGAUAGACCUUUAGAUGGAAAGGACAAACUUGAUGAAAUUUUGGACUUUAAAAGGUCUCCUAGCAUCAAGUAUGGACCUAGCUAUAGUAAAUUUGCCCAAACACCUCCUUCCAAGACUAUCUUUGUUAAAGCAUCUAGUUCUAAUGAGCCUAGUCCCCAAGUGCCUAGUCCAAAGAUGUCUAAUCCUAAAGGACAAGAGCCAAAGAAAUCUUGUGAUAAUGAAACUAGAAAGACUUUAUUUCAUCAACAUGCUCCUAGACAAAAUGUGUGCUUGAAAUCCUUAAAGCUUGAAAGUAAGUGGUACUUGGAUAGUGGAUGUUCAAGACACAUAACCGAAAAUGCCAAUCUCUUCCUUUCACUUGAAAAGAAAGAUGGAGGUGGGCAAGUGACUUUUGGUGAUAAUGGUAAAGUCAAUUAUGUGAUAAGGCUUGUAGAGUUGUUUUUGAGUCCAAAUCUUGCUUUGUAUCUAGGAUGA